AUGCCGAACAGAAGCGUAAGCUUCAGGUAUAACGUCACUGCGCAGCGCCAGAUCACCCGCAAGGAACUGAAAGAGGGUAUCGAGGGCGCGCGCUCCUGGCACCACCAGUACAAGGACUCCGCCUACAUCUACAUAGGCGGCCUUCAUGACGGCCUCACGGAAGGCGAUGUGGUCAUUGCUUUCUCGCAGUUCGGUGAGAUCGUCGACUGCCACAUGGUUCGAGACAGGAGCACUGGGAAAUCCAAAGGCUUUGCCUUUGUCUGCUACGAUGACCAGCGUAGCACCGUCCUCGCCGUGGACAACAUGAACGGGUACCAACUGCUCAAGCGAACGCUGAGGGUGGACCACAUUGAGAAGUUCAAGGCGCCCAAAGAGUUCGACGAGAACGAUUUGGAUGCCGAGGGGAACCCCAAACUCUUGGAGUACAAGGCUUCGGGAGCAGAAGGCAAGGGUUACCAAGUCUACAACGUCCUGGAGAGUCAGAAGAAGAUCGUCGAAGCGAUGAAGCAGAAGAAGAAGUACUGGGAGGACAAGGCGGCCAAGGAAGCGCCCGAGGACGAAGACGAAGCCUGGGCCAGGUCCUUCGAGGAGAAUCUGGUUGACUUAAAGGAAGCCGAGAAGGAGAGGAAGAAGCUUAAGAAGCUGAAGAAGGACAAGAAGGAGCUGAAGAGAAUGAAGAAGGAAGCAAAGAAGCUCAAGAAGGAGGCCAAGAAGGUGAAGAAGGAGACCAAAGACACCAAGAAGAAAACAGAGCCAGGCGGGAAAGUCAAGAAAGAGGCCAAGAAAGAGGCCAAGAGUGAGAGCGACUCCUCUGAUUCGGACAGCGAUUCGUGA